CAUACCUGGGGUACAAGCUUUAUAAUAAUCUCAGCGUCUCCCCAACUUGACUUCAAACCCUAGCGAACUUCACUUGAGCCGCUCUCCGAAAGCAUUUUCGAUCCCAGUCUAAGAAAGAAAAAUCAAUGUCGACGGUCGGAGAGCUUGCUUGCAGCUACGCUGUUAUGAUCCUCGAGGACGAGGGUAUUUCUAUCACGGCCGACAAGAUCGCUACGUUGAUCAAAUCCGCUGGUGUUAGUUGCGAGUCAUACUGGCCAAUGCUAUUCGCCAAAAUGGCGGAGAAGCGUAACGUUACUGACCUCAUCAUGAACGUUGGUGCUGGUGGCGGAGGUGGUGCCCCAGUUUCAGCUGCUGCCCCAGCUGCCGGUGGUGGUGCUGCAGCUGCUGCACCUGCCGCUGAGGAGAAGAAGAAGGAAGAAGUGGCAGAAGAGAGUGAUGGUGAUCUGGGUUUCGGCUUGUUCGACUAAGCAAGAAGCAAUUGCUUUUGUUUUUUUUCUUGUUAUCAGUUGGUUGUUUACUUUUAUCGAAUUGAGACGCCAUGUUUUGUUUAGUUGCUACUUCGUUUCCUCAAGUUUUGGUUGUUUUCUUGAAUCACCCUGUUUGUGUAUCUCAAGUCUACCGAGCAAAACCAUCUGGGAGUUUGACAUUUUCUUUAUAUUUCCUUCUUUGACAACUAA